GUUUGCAAAGUUUUCACUGAAACGCUGGAAGUUGUGAUUUCCCCAGAAGAAAGUUGAAAUGCUACAACACAAUGGAAACACAAAGGACUCAUUCAACCAAGCGCAACACAAAACACACUCAAGUGGUAUCCGCCGUGUCGUCCGCAGUACAACGUCACGCAGUUGAGGGGAAAGAAUUCGACCGUAUCCGAUGAGUGCUUUGCUCUGUCAGCUUCUGGACAAGUUGAUGAGUGGUCCUGCACUAAAGAGCAGCCAUCUAUCUGCAAAAAAGCCAAGGUUCGAGAGGCUCUCCCUGAUCUGCCAUCAACACGGGGACCAGGCUGGAGCGAAAAGUGCGGCUGGUGGAUGGACAACCCGUCCAACGACUUCUGCUACCUGCUCAAUUACAAGUCCCGCAAGACCUGGCAGGAGGCGCGAGACGACUGCCUCGGCCUCGGAGGCGACCUGCUCAGCAUCACCAACUCGUACGAGCAGAACUUCAUACAAGGUCUGUACGCACUUCCACUGACCAGUCCCUCUUUGUGGUUGGGCUCCCAUGCUAAUAUCACUGACGGCAUCGAGUGGAUUGACGGAUCGACGUCCACUUACAAAAACCUGAAAACAGGCAUCGCUGGAGAAGGCCCCGGUGGAAGCUGCCUUUCCUUGCUCACUGCCGACGGCCGCUGGGAAUUUGCCGAUUGCAAAAAAGAAAGCAGCUACAUCUGCAAGAGAAGAGGAAAAGGCAUGAUUUGAUAUUUGUCUUAUUCUUAGAGUUGUGUCAUCAAAUGUCAACUAUU